AUGAGCAGGGCGCAGGACCAGCAGGAUGAGGGCGACGAGGAGCUCGACUCGCUCUCAGAGCUCAAGAUCGGAGUAAGAAAUCACCGAGCCUUGCCUGUCUGGCUCAGCGACAAAGGUACCCGAGGCUCAACUGUGUGGGAGCUUGACUCGUCUCCUGCAGAGAAAGGAGGAGAGGUCAAGUCGCACAGAGGGCAGUAUGGUGAAGGCGGUGCAGCAAGCAGAAGUACAGCGUUCAAGCAUUCCGACCAUGACGCGUUGGAGGAAUUCAGGAGCAACCGGCAAGGGGUCUCGAAGCAAACAAUCAGAUUCUCUGACGAUGUCAACGCUAAACAUUCCGGCAAGAGCUCUUCAACACAGUACAACCCAGCGAGUGUGUAUCGGAGCAAGAGAAGCGCCAAGACUACGCAGAAAGAUGUAAAUAGAAGUGCCCGACGAACUCAGAACUGGACUUCUGACUCUGAAGCUAAGAUGCGGCAAAGAGACAUGGUCCAGGACUCGUGGGACUCUCUGACCUUCUUUGCCAACCGUCAUGCAGGGCGCAUAGCUCCAUCGGCGCUGAGAAGUACAAACGCCAAGACGAGGCGCAAAGGGGAUAGCAACUUUACGUCAGACCUGAACCUCAAGAGCCGUCUGGACUUGACCAACAGACUGGGAAGUGCUCCGGUAGAAGGCAGGACCGAGGAGGAUGGGGAGAACCUGCUAUCGCCAUCGAGGCAGACCGCCUCCUCCCACGGCUUCAAGGAGAAGCUGUGCUUCAGGGCUGACCCCUCUCCCUUCCACAUCCCUCUGCUCCCAAGCGGGCGCCACCUGAAGUUUGACAUCCUCAGUACUUGGGGCGACGUCCACUACGUCGGGCUGUCCGGCAUCGAGAUCUUCGACAAGGCCGGAAACCCCGUCAAGAUCGACCCCAGCUCGAUCUCAGCAGACCCGCCCGACAUCAACAUCAUGCCGGGAUAUGGCGAUGAUCCGCGGACGGUGGACAAACUCAUCGACGGGGUCAACAGGACGUGCGACGACAUGCAUGUUUGGCUGGCCCCCUUCACCGCCGGCCGCCAUCACUACAUCUUCAUCGACCUGAGCUGCUCCUUCGUAGUCUCCAUGAUCCGCGUGUGGAACUACAACAAGAGUCGUAUCCACUCCUACCGCGGGGCGAGAUACGUCGAGAUCCACCUGGACGAGAACCCCAUCUUCAAGGGGGAGAUACAGAAAGCUCCUGGCUGCCUCCGGGGGUCGGAGGAGAACGCGGAGAAUAUUCUCUUCACCAUGGACGAGAGCGUUCUCUGCGCUAUCGAACAGCACGACGCCAACGACAUCAACAUGAACCCCCAGACGACUGAGGUGCAUGUCGAGGAGAGCAACCUGAAAGACUUGGAGCGUCCGAAGACGGCAAGUGGGCGCAAGAAUGAGGCAAAACAGGAGCAGGGGCACGGCAUGAAGGAGCAGGUCCUGCCGAGUGAGACGGAGAGCGUCGAGAUCUCUGGCCCGACCAAGCGCCUUCCUCCUCAGGUCGGUUGGCAGGUGCCCUACUGGGGCCCAGCUGAUCUGGUGCAGGUCGUUGUGACCGAGUCGGGAGACAUCGAGGAGGAGGAGAUGAUCGUCACUCCUCCCAUCCCCUCCAGGAUUGCGCAGGAUGGAUCCGAUCCCUUCAUGCGCAUGGACCGAAGGCCGUUGGGUCUGGAUGGGCGGCCGAUGACGGGGAUGGUGGAGAUGGGGAAGCUGCAGGGAAACUCCUCCUCGUUCCCUUCUUCCUUCUCCAGCGACCUGCUGCCCUCCAGCCCGACGACGAUCAGCGGCAGGAAUUUGACGCUCGUGCUGCACUCCAACUGGGGAGACUCGGAGACUUUGGGCCUCUGCGGUCUAGACAUCAUCUUGCAGGAUGACAGCAAGCUGAGGGUUAACGCAUCCAUGAUCCUAGUGACGUGCGAGGGAGCUGAUGGUGGCCAUGAAGCUGCUUGCCUCGACUCGACGUAUGCCGCCUCCCUCUUCAUGGGCCCGCACGAGCUCAAGGGCGAGGAGGAGAUGUGGGUUGUUCCCCACUACCCCUACGUCAAGUAUCGUAUCAACAUCGACAUGGGUGAGCCUCGCCUCCUCAAGCAUUUCUGUGUGUGGAACUACAACGGGAGUAUCGAGAACACGUAUAGAGGCGUCAAGAGGAUGUCGAUCGUGCUGGACAACAGGUCGCUGUCUCCCCCUGCUGGGCACCUGGUCAGGAAGGCUCCUGGGCCAACUCGCAUCAGCAUCGACUUCUCGCAGAAGAUUUGCCUUACAUCCCUCGGGGAGCGGAUCGGAACCCCGCAGAUUUUCCGAGGAAGCAGCUCGAUCAUAACGCCAGAAGGCUACGUGAUGCAAGAAUACGAACCGCCGACGCUGCCGUCAGGCUUCAUUUUCAAGUUCUCCCUCAUCUCUACAUGGGACGAUCGAUUCUACAUCGGCCUUAACGGUAUACAGCUAUACGAUCAGUUUGACAACCUCGUCCCCGUUCACCCCAGGAACCUCAAGGUUGUCUGCACUGAAGGAGUCACUUCCAUCGCUGAGCUGCCAGACUGUGUGGGGGACCCUCGCACGGCAGAGAAGAUCAUCGACGGAGUUAACGACACCAAUGACGAAUCGCAUAUGUGGCUUGCUCCCUUCAGGAGGGGAGAAACGAACAACAUCUUCUUCAUGUUCGACGAGCCGAUCACUCUCUCCCUCAUCAAGAUAUGGAACUACCGCAAGGUCUUCUUUCAAAGUCUCAGGUCCUUCUGCUAA